CACACCCGUGGGUCACACUGGGGGGAGCUGGGUCAGCUGGUCCCAUCACUGCAAUGACCAGUCGUGUUGGGCUCACACUGGUGAAGGGCGUCUCUCCCAGGGUCUGAGGAUUCCGUGAAGAUCUUGCCCUUGGGCACAAAGCAAGGAUGCGUGAAAUUGUGCACAUUCAGAUCGGCCAGUGUGGUAACCAGAUCGGAUCCAAGUUCUGGGAGGUGAUUGGUGAGGAGCACGGCAUCGACUCGGUUGGGAGCUAUGGCGGGGACUGUGCCCUGCAGCUGGAGAGGAUCAGCGUGUAUUACAACGAGGCCCACGAUAAGAAAUAUGUGCCCCGAGCCGUCUUGGUGGACCUGGAACCUGGGACGAUGGACAGCAUCCGGUCUAGCAAAUUGGGAAGCCUCUUUCAACCAGACAGUUUUGUCCACGGUAACUCUGGGGCUGGCAACAACUGGGCCAAGGGCCACUACACGGAGGGAGCGGAGCUGCUGGACAGCGUCCUGGACGUGGUGCGGGGCGAGAGUGAGGCCUGCGACUGCCUGCAGGGCUUCCAGAUCGUGCACUCGCUGGGCGGGGGCACUGGCUCAGGCAUGGGCACGCUGCUCAUGAACAAGAUCCGGGAGGAGUACCCCGACCGCAUCCUCAACUCCUUCAGCGUCAUGCCCUCGCCCAAGGUGUCGGACACGGUGGUGGAGCCCUACAACGCCGUGCUGUCCAUCCACCAGCUGAUCGAGAACGCCGACGCCUGCUUCUGCAUCGACAACGAGGCCCUCUACGACAUCUGCUUCCGCACCCUGAAGCUGACCACGCCCACCUACGGAGACCUCAACCACCUGGUGUCCUUGACCAUGAGUGGCAUCACCACCUCCCUCCGGUUCCCGGGCCAGCUCAAUGCCGACCUGCGCAAGCUGGCCGUGAACAUGGUCCCUUUCCCCCGCCUGCACUUCUUCAUCCCCGGCUUCGCCCCGCUCACGGCGCAGGGCAGCCAGCAGUACCGGGCCCUCUCGGUGGCUGAGCUCACCCAGCAGAUGUUUGAUGCCCGCAACACCAUGGCUGCCUGUGACCCCCGGCGCGGCCGCUACUUGACCGUGGCCUGCAUCUUCCGAGGGAAGAUGUCCACCAAGGAAGUGGACGAGCAGAUGCUCACCGUGCAGACCCGGAGCAGCAGCUGCUUCGUGGACUGGAUCCCCAACAACGUCAAGGUGGCCGUCUGUGACAUCCCGCCCCCCGGGCUCAGCAUGGCCGCCACCUUCAUCGGCAACAGCACUGCCAUCCAAGAGCUGUUCACCAGGAUGUCCGAGCACUUCGCGGCCAUGUUCAGGAGGAAGGCCUUCGUGCACUGGUACACGGGCGAGGGCAUGGACAUCGACGAGUUUGUGGAGGCCGAGAGCAACAUCCAUGACCUGGUGUCCGAGUACCAGCAGAUUCAAGACGCCAAAGCAGGUCUGGAGGAGGAUGACGAGGUGGUGGGGGAGGCAGAAAUGGAAGCAGAGGAUAAGGAGGGUUAACCAAGAAAGGCGGGCACGGGGGCGGCUCUCCACAUGAGUGCUCUGGGCAGCAAUCCCAAGGCUGCUCCGCUGGGCAGCACCGAGGACACUGCACACAGCCACUCAGCGCUAGCUCGGACACAGACAUGGGCAGGGGCAGGGGCAGGGGGCGGGGCGGGGACAUCACCGAUGGCUUCAGGCUCUUCUUUGGCGCUGUAGUCCAUGCACAUUGUCUGCACUCCUUUGAAUAGUAAAGUGAAUUUAUCACAAAGGA